CUGCACACGGGGUGGGUCCGUUGGCGCUCGAGCGCAGUGGGAUGGGACUUGGCUUUUCAGGGGGAGUUGAAGACAAACUAACGCACGCACGGAUUUUACUCUUGUCUAAAAACAUAAAUGGUUUAACCUGCGAAAAUGCUGAUCCUGCUUAUUGCAACGUGUAUGGCCUUUGGGUCUCACGCCCAGAUGGAUGUCCCAGAGUUUGGUGACGUGUGUGCUCAGGGCAGCUGCUACCCCGCCACCGGAGACCUGUUGAUUGGUCGAGCCCACCGGCUGACGGCCUCCUCCACAUGUGGACUCCAGCAGCCAGAACGCUACUGCAUUGUCAGCCACUUGCAGGAGGAGCAGAACUGUUUUGUGUGUGACUCCAGACAGCCUGGCCAUCCUAACAGCCACACCAUCAGGACCGUGGUCACCACUUUCACUCCCAACCGCCUCGUCACAUGGUGGCAAUCAGAGCACGGCGUUGAGAAUGUGACCAUUCAAUUGGACCUAGAGGCCGAGUUCCAUUUCACACAUCUCAUCAUGACCUUCAAGACAUUCCGUCCUGCUGCUAUGGUGAUUGAGCGUUCCAUGGACAAUGGGAAGAACUGGCAGGUGUACCGUUACUAUGCCCACGACUGUAAGAGGACCUUCCCAGAUAUACCUGAGGGGCCAAUCAAAAAGGUCGAUGACAUCAUCUGUGAUUCACGGUACUCGGAGGUAGAGCCGUCCACUCAAGGAGAGGUGAUCUUCAGAGUUCUGGACCCAGCCUUUGAAAUCCCUGAUCCCUACAGCGUUCAGAUUCAAAACCUCCUGAAGAUAACUAAUAUUCGCGUUCGCAUGCUGAAGCUUCACACCCUUGGUGAUAACCUUUUGGAUAUCAGAGAGGAGGUCCGACACAAGUACUACUACGCACUGUACGAGAUGGUCGUCCGUGGCAACUGCUUCUGCUAUGGCCACGCCUCCAAGUGCGCCCCAUCGGGUCAGAAUGAGGGGGACGCUGAGGGCAUGGUCCAUGGUCACUGCAUGUGUAACCAUUAUACUACCGGUCUGAACUGUGAGAAGUGUCAGGACUUCUACCAUGACCAUCCAUGGAAACCUGCUCUGGGUCUAAACACAAAUGCAUGCAAGAGGUGUGAGUGUAACCAUCAUGCAUACGCGUGCCACUUUGACAUGGCGGCGUACCUGGCCACCGGCAACAUCAGUGGGGGGGUGUGCGACGAGUGUCAGCACAACACCAUGGGCCGUCAGUGUGAGCUCUGCAAGCCCUUCUACUACCAGCACCCCGAGCGCCACAUCAGAGACCCCAACAUCUGUGAACCGUGCAGCUGCGACCCUCGUGGCUCUCUGAACGGGGGUCUGUGCGAUGGAACGACGGACGUGCUCGCCAGUCUGAUCGCUGGUCAAUGCCGCUGCAAGCAGAACGUGGAGGGAGAGAGGUGCGAUCAGUGUCGCCCUGGACACUUCGGCCUGAGCGAAACACCAGAGGGCUGCCAACAAUGCACCUGUAACCCACUGGGUACGGUUCCUGGAUCAAACCCAUGUGACACCAACUCUGGAAGCUGCUUCUGCAAACGGCUCGUCAUGGGCCAGAACUGCGAUCAGUGUCAGCCUCAACACUGGGGACUUAGCAAUAACAUGGACGGCUGCAGACCAUGUGACUGUGACCAAGGCGGGGCCGUCAAUAACGACUGUAAUCCGGUGACAGGGCAGUGUGUGUGCCGGGAGCACAUGUUUGGCCGUCGCUGUGAUGAGAUUGAGUCUGGCUACUACUUUAUCUCUAUGGACCACUACACCUAUGAAGCAGAAGAGGCCAAAUUUGGGCCGGCUGUGAGUGUGAUCCAGAGGCCGUACCCUGUGGAUCGUGAGCCCACCUGGACAGGUGUGGGGUUGGCCAGGGUUCCAGAGGGGGAGGAGCUACAGUUCACCAUCAACAACCUCCCAGAGACCAUGGACUAUGACCUGCUCAUACGCUAUGAGCCACAGUUACCAGCGGAGUGGGAGAGGGUGGCGGUGAGGGUGGACCGGCCGGUGCUGGAGGGACCGCGCUGUGCAGACACCACUACUGACCAGCAGGCUGUCUCACUGCCCCCAGGGUCCAGGCAUGUGCCUCUGCCGGAGCCCAUCUGUUUUGAGGAGGGCCAGAACUUCACUGUUCACCUAAGUCUGCCCUUCUACUCCUCCCAGAGUGACCACCAGAACCCAUUCAUCUUCAUUGACUCAAUUGUGCUGAUGCCGCAUGCACGCUCGCUGGACAUGUUCUCGUCAGACGUGGACUGGGACACGUUCGAGCGGUACAAAUGUCAGGAGCGCAGCCAGAGCGUCGUCAAGACGCAGAUGACUCACAUCUGCAGAGACUACAUCUUCAGCAUGUCUGCUCUGCUGCACCAGGGAGCCAUGAAGUGUGUGUGUGAUCCCCAUGGCUCCCGUAGCACUGUGUGUGAGCCAAAUGGGGGGCAGUGUCAGUGCCGAACCAACGUCAUGGGGCGGAGCUGCGACAGAUGUGUCCCCUCCCACUUCCUGUAUCCCAACUGCAGGCCCUGUGAGUGUGACCCCCAGGGCUCGGUGACUCAGUUCUGUGCGGACGCCACUGGUCAGUGUGAGUGUGUUCCGGGGGCGUAUGGACGCCAAUGUGCCCACUGUCUGCCCAGCCACUGGGGCUUCCCCCACUGCCAACCGUGCCACUGCAACGGGCACUCGCAGUUCUGUGACCCGCACACGGGUGAAUGCCAGGGGUGCCGCGGCAACACAGCAGGGCACAACUGUGAGAGGUGUGACGAUGGUUUCUAUGGCAACGCGCUGCUGGAGGUGGGGGCCCAGUGUCGGCCCUGCAUGUGUCCAGACGGGCCAGGCAGCAGGAGGCAGUUUGCUGUGGGCUGCUACGAGGACCUGUACACACAACGCGUCACGUGUGCAUGCAGUCCAGGGUACACAGGUCCACGUUGUGAGCAGUGUGCCCCGGGUUACUAUGGCAACCCAGAGGUCCCCGACGGGCAGUGCCUGCCAUGUGAGUGUAACGGUAACAUCGACCUGAUGGACCCGGGGUCCUGCGACGCACACACGGGCGUCUGCCUCAAGUGCCUGCACUACACCGAGGGCAGCGGCUGCCAGUACUGCAAGAGGGGUUACUAUGGCGACGCCAAGACGCAGGACUGCAGGAAGUGUAUGUGUAACGAGCGGGGCACCAGUAGCCAGGGCUGCACGGCGGGCGAGUGUGUGUGUGACGAGUACAGCGGGCAGUGCCCGUGUUUGCCCAGUGUGGUGGGUCAGCAUUGUGACCAGUGUGCCAUUGACACCUGGAACUACGACAGUGGAGAGGGCUGCCAAGCCUGCCUGUGCCACCCCGUACACUCAUAUGGCUCCUCAUGUGACCAGCUGACAGGCCAGUGUAGUUGUCAACCGGGUUUUGGAGGUCGAACUUGCGAAGAAUGCAGAGAAUUGUUUUGGGGCAACCCUGAGGUCCAGUGUCAUGGCUGUGACUGCGACCCCCGUGGCAUCUCCAGUGAGCAGUGUAACAAGCGCACGGGAGACUGUGUGUGUGUGGACGGCUACGCCGGCCGGCGCUGCGACUCCUGCGCUCGCGGCUACUCCGGUCAGUUCCCCGACUGCGUGCGCUGCCACCAGUGCUUCAGCGAUUGGGACGUCACCGUCGGCGAGCUGACCAAUCACACGCAGCGCCUGCUCCAGACUGUUGAGGAUGCUCGCGUGGGCGGGGUCGUCGCACCGUAUAAGGAUUUGAUUGACAGCAUAGAGCAGAGUGUGACGGAGCUGAGGGCGAUUCUGGAACAUGACCCCGUGUCCAAGCCACUGGAGGACACUCAGAAACGGCUGCAGGAGGCCACGGACCUGGUAGCGUAUCUGUUCCGCUCCCUGAACGUGACAGAGCUGACUCUGGAGGUUGUGUCUGAGGAGCACAACAGGACCGGCUCUCAGCUGGAGGAGCUGGAGAUGGAGGCGGCCAAACUGCACCAGACCGUCAGGGACGUGCAGGACCAGGUGGAGCGAGUGAAGAACUCCAAUAUCAGAGGAGCCUCUGACAGCAUCACUAAAUACUACCAUCAGUCCAUUGAAGCUGAGCUACGUGCCCACGGCGCCACCUCUAGUCCAUCCAGCACAGUGCAGGAGUCCGCCGUUGUACGGCAAACCACAGAGGACAUGAUGAACCGCACCAAGGCCGAGUUUGACCUGAAGCAGGAGCAGCAGACCAAACAGCUGGAGGAGCUGGCCAAUGAGAUCGAAACCCUGGACCUAUCAACACUUAGCAUCACGGCAUGUGGUGCAGGCUCAGAGGACGGCAGCUGUGGUGCGUGCGGCGGUCUCGGGUGCGUGACGGAGGACGGAGCGCCCCACUGUGGCGGGGAGGGGUGUGGCGACGUCAACUCAGUCGUGCAGGAGGGCGUGAACGCCGCCAAGAACUUUGACAAGGAGAUCUUAAAGGCCCUACAGGAGGUGGACAAGCUCAACAGGAUGGUGUCAGAGGCUCGUGGUCGAGCUGACGUUGCUAGGCUGAAUGCUCAGGACGUUUUGCUGAAAGCCAAUCAGAGUAAAGAGAGGGUGGAGCUUAACAACCAAGAACUACGCAGCCUCAUACAACAGAUACGGGACUUCCUGAGAAACAGCACAGACCUGGAGACUAUCGAGGCGCUGUCCAAUGAGGUGCUGGCGAUGAGCAUGCCAGCGUCGGCAGCCCAGUUGGAGGAACUGACCAAUGAGAUCCGAGAGCGUGUCAAGAGCCUGACCGGCGUGGAGGAGAUCCUCGACCGCAGCCACGGCGACGUCACACAAGCACGCAUGCUGCUGCAGGACGCCAAAACCGCCAGUGAUGAUGCCACUGAAAUGAAGAACACAGCGGACAUGUUGAACAAGUGGUUGAAUCAGACAGAGCACACUCAGAUAACCACUCAAGACGGCAUCAAAGAGGCCAGCGCUGACAUCAAGACAACACAGGACCUGCAGGCUACUCUGGAUUCAGAGACUGCGUCUGCUGAGUUGAAGUUGAAUAACGGGAUGCAGAGUCUGGUGGGGAUGGAGAGGGAUCUUUCGUUGAUUAAAGCCAAAACGCAGGAGAUAGUCAGCACAGCGCAACACACACAGCGUAACACUGAAUACAUCUCACAGGAUGUGGCACAGACCAAACAGGAGCUGGACUCGGAGGUGAUGAAGAGGUACUCCACCAUGGAGAGUGUGAUGCAGCAGAAAGCAGGCAAUGUGAUCGAGGGCCGACAAAAAGCCAAGGAGCUUCAGGAGGAGGCCAAACGCAUGCUGGACCACGCCAUGGCCUCCCUGCAGAAACUCAGAGAGCUAGAGCGGUCAUAUGUGGUUAACCAGCAGACUCUAGAGGAAAAAGCCCAGAUUCUGGCGGGGCUUGAAAAAGCAGCCAAGGAUGUGCUUCAGGAGAUCAGUCACAAAGUCACCGUCUACAGCAUCUGUUUGUAACCAAGAAAACCUUCCAAACAUUCCAUCACCUCAGCGUUCCUGGAAGAUUCUAGAAGCUCUGCGACAAUCAUAUUGAAGCUUACAAACAGACCCAAUAUAUAAGCUAAAAAUGUAAUUUGUGAUCAUGUUAAAUCUGUAUAUCUUUUUGUUUUAAACUGUACACAUUACCAAGCUAUUUGUUUUAUACAUUAUUAUGUACUAUGCAAUCUGUUCUCAAACGGACAUCCAGAACUAAAACAUAAAUGUAAAUUACUAAUUUGAACAUAUGAUGAACUAAAACGAGAAAGAUGAAUUUGUCUUAUUUCCGACAUUUCAACUAAAGCAUUCCCCCACACCA